AUGGCCGACUCGGUGACUACCAAAUUUCAUGCCUUUGACCGUCAAGACACGACAUAUGGUUCCGAUGGCCUCUCCAUUGGCACCAGCGUAUUCGUGCCAAAAAGUAUUGGAAAGGGACAGAAUCUGCCUGUACACGUGAGAUGGCAUGGCGGUGCUCUGAUUAACGGUGGCAGGGUAUAUGAGCCUUGGUUCCCUAAAUGGACCAUCGACUUGGCAGCUCUCCACAACGCUAUAAUCGUAUGUCCUGAUUAUCGCUUGCUACCAGAGUCAUCAGGCCUCGACAUCCUCUCCGACCUUCAUAACUUCUACAUCUGGCUCCAUACCCAUCUACCCUCUUUCUUAUCAACCGCAUUCUCCGGUCAAGCUCCGAAACCUGAUCUCUCUAGCAUUCUGGUCACGGGUGAAUCAGCAGGAGGUUAUAUGGCUGUUCAAUCUGCACUACUUGGAGAAACCAAGGGUGUCAAAGCUGUCAUUGCACAUUACCCGAUGAUUGAUCUCAAAGAUGCUUGGUACAGUGAGCCUGGACGCAAGGUCGUCUGGGGUCAAUCACCGCCCGAGUAUCCAGAGGGCUGGCUAGACGAGCAACUGGAAGCUGCAAAGUCUGCGGGAGCAGUAACUCAUCGUAUACCCAAGGAGUCAGAGUUGGAUCUGUUUGUCGCUCUAUUGUUGGAAGGAAGAUAUACAGAAUUACUUGGUACUGACUCUCGUCUUUAUCCGUUGGAGAAUCUGGAGAAUAAAAGAGGGCAGGGAGGCAAACUACCACCAAUGUGGGUUUUCCAUGGCGACAAGGAUUCAAUCAUACCUAUCGAUGGAACGUUGAGGUUCUUGGAAGUGACAAGGGGUGAGGUAGAAGGAAGAAUUGUAACGGGGCAGGAGCAUGGAUUUGACAAUGACGAAGUCAGACUCGACGAAGAUUGGGUCGUGGAAGGCAGAGAGUGGUUGAAGCAAUAUUGGCCCUGA